UUCCCAGCAUGCACCACAACAGAAGGUCUCGUGACUCAAUGCUGCGUUCCUUGACAACUACAAAUUAAGAGAGAUAUAAUGAGAGAAAAAAGAUAGAGAGAAAGAAAGACAUAGAAUAGUUUUAUUCGGAAAAUGCAAUUUCUAAACUGCGCAACCCCGUUAAAGAACACGAUUUCAGAACAAUCUGAGAUAAGUACUUUAACCAGCAGAUGGCGGUGUUGCAAACACAAACUUCCAGUAAAGAUCGAAGCAGAAGGUGUUGGUGUCCAAAGGAGCUCGAAAUGUGAUGGGGCACUUCCCGUGGAGUUUCGCUCCUUUGCUGUUGAUCCUCAGAUAACAUCACUGGAGGUCCUACAGCACAUCCUCAUCAGAGCCUUCGACCUAAACGGGAAGCGGAAUUUCAGUGUUAGUUACCUAUCUCGAGAUCGCAGCAGCAUGGAAAUGUACCUGUCUCUGUUGUCUGACUGGGAUUUGGAUGUUGCGUUUAUGAGUGCAGCCAAACCCUUCCUGCAGCUCAAGAUGGAUGUGAAACCUUCUGAGGACAGUCCAGUAAUGGAGGACUGGGACAUCAUAAGCCCCAAAGAUGUGAUUGGCUCAGAGCUGCUUCUUGCAGAAAGAACCAGGUCUUUGGCAUCUGCAGCACUUCCCUUUACCCAGUCUCUGCUGUCCCAGGUGGGACGGACCCUGUCCCGAGUCCAGCAGGCCUUCACCUGGUCUUAUGGCGAGGAAAUCAAGCCUUUCAAACCUCCACUUAACGAUUCAGAGUUUCACAGCUACCUUAAUGGACAGGGUCAGCUGACCCGGCCGGAAGAACUCCGACUGCGGAUCUACCAUGGUGGUGUGGAGCCGUCACUGCGAAAGGUGGUUUGGCGGUACCUCCUGAAUGUGUAUCCUGAUGGACUGAGUGGUCAGGAGAGAAUGGACUACAUGAAGAAGAAGACAAGGGAGUACGAGCAGCUGAAGAGGGAGUGGACUGCCAGGGUCAGCCACGAGGAGCUGGAAUUUAUCCGUGGGAAUGUUUUGAAAGACGUCCUGAGGACAGACCGGGCUCAUCCAUACUAUGCAGGCUCAGAAGACAGUCCACACCUGACUGCCCUGACAGACCUGCUCACCACAUUUGCCAUCACACAUCCUCAGAUAUCUUACUGCCAAGGCAUGAGCGACAUUGCAUCACCUAUCCUUGCAGUAAUGGACAACGAAGCACAUACCUACAUUUGUUUUUGUGGCAUUAUGAAACGCUUAGAGGGGAACUUUCGGCCAGACGGGCAACUCAUGUCCAUUAAAUUCCAGCACCUAAAGCUGCUUGUGCAGUACUCUGAUUCUGAGUUCUACUCUUAUUUGGUGUCCCGGGGAGCUGAUGACCUAUUUUUCUGUUAUCGGUGGCUCCUCCUGGAGCUCAAGCGAGAGUUUGCGUUUAAUGAUGCUUUGAGGAUGCUGGAGGUUACUUGGAGCUCCUUGCCCCCGGAUCCUCCAGAAACUGAAGUGGAACUUCUUGGGCCGCUGCUAGAGGGAGAUGAAACAACAUCAUUCAAAGACGAGUCAGUUGUAAACUGCCUUAAAGGAGAUGAGGUCCAAAUAGAGAAACAGCGUAGACGACAUAUGCUGAGACCAUCAAGAGAGGAACCAGAUAUGAGCAGGAUUCCUAUCACUGAAGGGAAAGGGGCUCCAACUGUAGACUCUAGUAUAGAAAUUAAGGCUGUUGAAAAUGACACUUCUGAAGAAAUCAGAGAGAAGUCAAAUUUGCAGGGUUAUUGCUGUCAGAGACAAACCAGUUUUGGAGAGUUUGAAUACUACACAGCUCAAAGUGAAGGCAGCCUUGACAUGGAGGAUGCUGAGCAGCCUCAGGGUUUAAUGACUUUGGAACUAAUCAACCCAAGGCGGCUGUCCACAGCUGACAGCGAAAACGACCCUGGAGAACGAACACCUCUUAUUAGAAACUGUGACUAUGGUUUAUCUCCAGUGUCGUCGCACUCUGUUUUCACCAGUGGACUUCCCAUCUGGAAAACUGGCUCAUCCUCCUCUCCCACAUCUUCACCAGCAAACUCCAGCUGGCCAGUAGUUACUCCAGACUUUCCUGCAAUGUCUACAUCUUCAUCUGCAGCCAAUGGAAGUGAGACCCCACAAAGAACUGGCAAAAAAGUAUUAACUUCUUCAGCACCAGGUAUUAGCUCUCCAACAGCUAAUUCUGUAAAAACAUCCGUUAUCUCUCCAUCUCACACUCAGACUAGAUCCUUUCUCUCCUCACCCAUUCAGUCAUUUGGCGGAGGCUCCUCACUGACUGGCAGCAGGUUCUCAGCUAACAACCUCCCUUCGCCUGGCAACACAUCCCCCAGCACCAAAGCUAACACACCAAGCUCUUUAAAAACUGAUAGCACCAAACCAUGCUCUUUGCCACCUCCUCAUGAAUUUGGCAAAGGGAAUCCCUUCAUGCUUUUCUUGUGCCUGUCCAUCUUGCUGGAGCAUCGGGAUCACAUCAUUAAGAACAACAUGGACUACAAUGAGAUAGCCAUGCACUUUGAUCGCCUGGUGCGACGCCACAACCUCAGCAGGGUGCUACAGAGAGCUAAGACCUUGUUUGCAGAUUAUUUACAAAGUGAAGUCUGGGACUCUGAAGAAGGGGACGAGGUUAGCUCAGACUCCCCUACAACAGCUGCUCCACAAUCCCCCUCUUUAACCAUCUCCGCCAGACCAAUUUACAGACCACUAGCUUCGCCUCCAUUAUCGCCAAACUCCACUUAUAACCUGGCCACUACCAUUCCCUCCCCUUCAGCUGAAGUCUCCCUCUCUCCUGUAUCCCGACUCUGUCCUGCAUCAGCGAAUCUUCAGUGAAUUCCUCAGUAGACUCUUGGUAUCCCAUUGGAGAUGUAGAUUUCUUUCAGACAGCCUCCCAUGUUCAAUUGGGUUGUGACUAAUUUUCUCAUGUUAUCUAUGCCUGAUUACAUGUAUUCCCUGUAUCAGUCAACAUCAAGUUUCAUUUUUUAGGGAUCUGUCAGAAAUGUGGGCCUUAAAAGUCUUUAUUGGUGUUUGUUUCCUCACAGAUUGUCGAAGCAUGAAAUUCAUAUUUAGUCUAUCUGCAUUCUUUUGCUCAAUGGUUUAUCUACUCUGUGCAUUCAGCCUUUUAUUUAUGCCUUUGCUUAAAAGUUCAUGUUAAGCCAUCUCAGAAGUGUCUUACCUGCAACACUGAAAAUACCAAGUUCAAAAUCACAAGAGAAUAUCCAAAAUCUGGCUACAUUAAACACAAAACUAAAGUUGCUAAUAGAAGAACUUUCAUAUCUGAUAUCUUUGUCUUUUUAUGAUCCUUACGCCAACUGCUGUACUAUUGGAUUUAAUAGUAUACUGUUUAGGGUCUAACUCAUAGGCUGUAUGCAAGAAAUGGAUGUAGCCACUGUGAUGUUGACCGUGGCUUUGUAUAUAUUAUCCUAAUUCUAUUAAUACAUUAGGGCUGCAGGAUAUCAGGAAAACUUGUAAUUGUAUGUAAAUGAACAGUAUAAAUUAAGACUGACUCAA